AUGGCCAAAAAGAAGAAGAAAUCGGAGGCGAACACCACCUAUGUUACCACUGUCGACGCAAUGCCUCCAGCAGAUUAUCCAAUGAUUUCAGAAGACGAGCCCCUGCCCCCGCCCGAUGACUCUGAGCCUUCAGCUCCAGAAGAUGCGCCGGUGCUUUCACCAUACACGAGCCCAAGCUGUAGGGUAUACUUCAGGAACAAAAUACCGUUCUUUGUUCCACGCGACCUGCUAUGUAAUGCAAGCGAGUUGCUUGGGGCGCUAGCCACUUUGCGCAGCGAUGAACCCCAGGAUGAACCCCAGGAUGAACUCAACGAUAUACAUAUCGACGAAGUUCCAGAUGACGCCGGUCAUGUACUGGUUCAUUAUCUCUACACUGGAACUUGGCAGACCCUUUCACAAAGCCAUUCACAGCAAGAGCCCCUCACAUGCUAUGACUCCAACAUCAGCGUCAUCAAGUCCGACUUUGAGACGAGCGUGCAUGUCUACUGUGCUGCUAAGGCUUAUGGUCUCCCGGCCUUGGUGGAAAUGGCCAAGAAAGAAGUGCUGCGGCUCGCCAAUUGUUUGACGCCGCUGGACGUUGUCGUGUCGGCCUCCGAGGCUUGCCAGCUUCUGAGUGAACAUGACAUCUGGUUCAGAAGCUUUCUACAGCGCCGCCUGAGACUCAUGUUCAAUACCUCGAAGUAUCUGGACGAGUCGGUGUUUUUGGGAUGUGUUCAACACGGCACGGUCUAUUCAAACUUUCUGGUGAAGAGCAUGUUUUUGCUGUGCUGUCAGAACUCGCGAAACCGCCGUGUACUAUCGGUUGCUGAUGAGGAACAAUCCGUUUUCGAAACCGACGAAGCCCAUUUGAAUGGAUCAGAAACGGCAGCCGACGUGCCUGCGGAGGAUCACUUGUCCUUUGGGUCACAGGCUGAGCCACUAGCAGAGGAGACGAAGGUGCCAGAGACACCGCCGUCAGAUGACUGGGCUGUGGCUGAACAAACCACGAUCGAAGAGUUUGCCGAGCCGACGGAGCCACUUGCAGAAUGGGUCGAGACCAAAGAGAGUGACCCGGCGGACUAUAUCUCCGACCCGGUGGACUGUAUCCCCGAGGCUCCGCCAGAGGACUGCCCACAAGACGAAUCGCACCUGGUCCAGCCUACAACAAAGUCUAAGAAGGAUAAGAAGAAGCCGAAAAAGACCAAAUCCUUGAAGAAAAACGAAGGUGUCUUGAUAAAUAAUGGCGUAGAGCUUGUGUCGGAGUGGGGAACCAGAUUGGCGGAGGAAAAUGAAAGAGACGAGUUGGCCUCUUCAAUCCUGCAGCCGAACCCGGUGGAAGAACCGGGAGUUCAGCCAGUAUUGGAGGAUGAGGCAGGAUCUGAGCAAGACCUCUGGGGAAUUUUGAGCAAGAAACAGAAGAAAAAGAAGAGUGAGAAGGCGAUAGUAUCUGAGCAGGAGAAGGAGCCAGAGCCAGAAGCUGUACCAGAGGUCGAGGCAGGUCCUUGGCCCCUUUGGGGUGAGCUGCCCAAGUCCAAGAAGAAGAAGAAGGAGAAGAAAGUUGAGGGAGACAAAAAGAAGAAAAACAAGAAUCAGGAAAUUGUUUCGGACGCUCCAAGCCCAGAGUCCGGCACAGAACCGGGCGCGGAAACCUCAACGAUGAGGAUGGAAAACCCUUGGGGGUUUCCGAAGAAGAAGAAGACGUUGACGAGGGAGCAAAUGAUCAUGCCCGAUUUAGGAUGUCCUGAUAGGGUCACUCAUAUCCUUGGUGACGGAUGGACUGGAUGCUCUACCUGUCGCGAACAAGUUGGCAACAUAUCGGGAGAGUAUCAGGCGAACCAAGCCAACAAAGGUGAACGGCUGUUAUCUUGA